AUGGAUAUCCAAGAAUACAAAAAACUUGCAAAAAAUAAAAUUGAAGCUGACACUUUAACUCAACAGGUGAGAGAUGUCAUAAAAAUAACAAAAUGGCAAAAACAAGAUAUGAGAGAGGGUUUUAAAGAGACAUUUAAACCACUUAUUAAAUCUCAAGAUAGCAUUAAAAAAAGUAUUGAUGAGCAGCAAAACGCAACUAUAGCACAACUUAAAGCUAAUCAACUUGCUCUUACACAAGGUCUUAAUCAAAACAGACUUGCUAUAACUGAAGGAUUUGAUAAAAUGGAUGAAGUAAAAAAAUGGGAUUUGGCUCAAUUACCUGGUUUUGAGGCGAUUGAAAAGCCUAAAGAAGAUGAUGUAGUUUUACCCUCUACAUCAGAUGAGGGACCAAAAAUAGCAAAAUUCACACCUGAAGACCUCGAUAGAUAUUUAAAUAGUAAAGAUUCACAAGAUAUACUAAAAACUAACGAAUAUCACAAACUCCCUUCUGAGUAUUUUAAAGAAGAUAUUUCUACCAUUAAUAAAGUAAUUGAUGAUGUUAAUGAAGAUUUAGAAAAUUUGAGUGCAAAAAUAAAAAAUACUGCAGAUUUUGUACGAGACGCAAAUGGUUAUGUUUUAGCUCAACCAAAAAGUAAAAAACCACGAGAAGAAACAUUAGAUAACAUAAAAAAUUAUAACAUAUUAAGCAUGUAUGCAGCAAAUAUAAGUAAUAUUAAACUUUACAAAGAAAAAUCUGGAUCUGGAAUGAUUUACUUUAACAACCCACAUCAACUUCUAGACAGACUUGAAUUACUCGGUGGUUCAAUUCUUGCUGGGAAUAAUGGUGUAAUACCUGAGUUUUCUCAUAUAGCACAUCUUCUCAACCAAAUGAAAGUGAUCUCAAAGAAACAACUUAAUAAUUUACUAAAAAAUUAUAUACUUAAUAAAUAAAAUGGAAGAACGAGCUAUUCACAUUUCCUCAUUUAAUAGGGAAAAAAGAGGAAUAAACAAACCUGGUGAUUUUACUAUUAAGUUUAAUCCAUCUCUGAAACUCAACCCUGAUAAGAAACAUGAACUUGCUCUUGAUCGGCUUUCCAUGACUUACUCUUGGUACAACAUUAGAAGUGAUUACGACAACAAUAAAAUCAAAUAUACUCAUGAUGGAACCACCUGGCAAACAAUUACUUUUACAGAUGGAAUGUAUUCCUACUCAGAUAUCAAUGAUUACAUUCAUCAAUAUAUGUCUCAAAAGUCUCACCACUCAACAGAUUCAAGUGGAAAAAAGACUUAUUCAAUCAAUCUAACUUUUAUACUAUCUACAUAUCGAGUUUUAGUAUCACUUGAAGGUGAUUAUCAACUUGAUCUGAGAGGAACAAAAUUUGGAGACCUGAUUGGAUUUGAAAAGAAACUUAUUACAAAAACAGAGUAUGGAACAAAACUACCAAAUAUCACAAAUUCGAUUGAUGUAUUAAAUAUCAACACAACUGCAAUAACUAAUAGCAUUGUAAAUGGAAUAAACACAAAUACCAUUGCUGUGGUACCAACUGAUAAUCUCACAAGGUCUUAUCCAUUUACUUUUGAGCCUAAAAGACCUUUGUAUUGUCCUUUAUCAUCUAAUAAUAUAGAUGAAAUGAGAAUAUAUGUAACAGACUCACUUGGAAGACCAGUAAAUUUUAAUGGUAUAGAUUGGUUUAUGACUUUGAUACUUCACUCGAUGUAAUAUAACUAUUAAAAUAAAAUGAAUCGACAAUCAGAGUUUAAAAUGAAACUUGACCCUGAAUUGGGAUAUAUACAAGACAACAUAUUUAUGGAGAAGGAAUGAUGGAUGUGUUUAAAUCAGUUGGUAAAAAAAUAUUUGGAAAGACAGUAAAAAAAGCUGUUAAAAGGGGUGCCCAAAAAGCGGUAACAGCAGCUGCAACAAAAACUGGUGAUCAUGUAGGCAAAAAGGCUGGUGAUAAAAUAGUUCAAAUGUUAUCCAAAGGGGAGGUAAAAUCCACCCGAAACCCUCCUGCAAAAAAAGUUACUUUUAAUAAAAAUGUUGAGAUAAUUAACACCCCUGGAAAAAAAGUUAAAACAAUUCCAAACACUCAACAAGAGAUAAAUAAAAGAGUGAAUAGAAUUCUUAGUGGAGGAGGGCGUAAGAGAAAAUUAUAUAAUUAUUAAAAAAAAAUGAAGUCUUUUAGAAAUCCAAAAUAUUUAGAAAGAUAUGAAGAUGUUGUUUUUGACCUUGAGCAGGCUUUAGCCGCACCUGCAAAUAAUGCUCAUCAAACUAAAACAGGUCAUAGAUUUGUUGCUGAUAACACAGGAGAAGCUACUCCUUUUGAUUGGUAUAACGCGCGAUUUUCAGUAGAUUUUAAAGUUCAACUUUUAGAUGGAAAUAAUUUUAAUAAUAAUAACGCACAAUCGGGGAUAGUAAAUGGUUCAAGUAGUUUAAUUGAAAAGUUAUCCAUCCUAGCAAAUGGUAGAGAUGUUUACAGUUGCAACUAUGCUAAUCAUGUAGUAAAUAUUAAGAAUUUGCUUGAGUAUAAUCCAUCUUAUGCUGAAAGUGUUGCAACAAAUGAAUUAUAUUAUCUUGAUACAUCAAGAAAUGCUCAUGCUACUGAAUUUACAAUUAAUAACACAAAUGUUACUGGAGGAGCUAACGUUGUAAAAGGUAGAGAAGCUAAUUAUAACAAAGGUUUUGCAAUAAGAAGAACACUAAUAGGCAACUCAGCAACAAUUAGUUGUGAAAUUCCCUUAAACAGAUAUUCUUUCUUUGAAUCUUUAGAGGACAAACUUCUUCCAAAUACAAAAAUUGAGCUGAAUAUAGAACUAGAAUCGGAUAACAAUCUUAUCUGGCGAACUGGAGGUAAUGAUUGUAGAGUUGUACUAACAAGAUUUCAAUUAUUUAUUCCAAGAUUAACAUUUAACUCAGAAGGGCAAAAACUGUAUAUGGAAAAUUAUCUCAAACCCUACAAAUGGGUUUAUCUUAAUGAAGUAGUAGAGCGAUCAAAUAACUCUCAACAGCAAACAGGUCAUUUUAGAAUUACAAAUGCAAUCUCAAAACCUCGACAUGUAUUUGUUUUUGGAAUUAAUGAAGCCAAUAUUGAUUCGCAAACAGCAAAUCCAUUUCUAUACAACACUUUUAAUCUUCCAAACAAUGCUGGUAUGUCUCGCUGUUAUCUUGAGGUUGGAAAUGGAAAUGAGUACCCUGAUAUCAGGGACCGCGGAGGGGGAGGGGCUGGUAGGGCCGCGGCCCCACCACUUUUUUGCGCCCCCGCCCCCACUUUUUGCGCUAAAAAGAAAAAUAAUUAAAAUAAAAAAAAGACUUGAAACAAGUUUUUUCCGUCUAUAUUCCGCUAUAUUCUCUUUAUUUUCUUUAAUUUCAAACGCCAGGCAUUUUGUGGGGCUCCUGUGCUUUUCGCGGUAAUUGUGCUCUGGGGCCGACUUGCCCCUUGAUCAAACGCCAUGCCUUGGCCACCCCUUCGCUUCUUUCGGCAGCGUGUUUUGUACCUCCAGCUCCGGCAGAGUUUUUUAUCAGUUUUAUCAGACGAAAUGAAGGAAAUUACUAGCUUUUUCAAGUCAAACGAAGGUGAGUAGUUGUUUUGAGUUGAUAAAAGUUUUAUCUUUUGUCAGUUUCUCCUUUCGAAUCAAUGAAAUAUUCGAUGGCAAGAAGAAUUACAUUACUUGAACAGUGAACGGCCAUAGUUAGAAAUUUUUCAGAUCACUUCAGUGUAGUAUUUUCUAUACUAAAAUUGUAAUCGCGUCUUUUCUUGCAUUGAAUCUGAACUGACCGUGUAUGUUGGCCGACCUAUAAAGAGCAACAAAUACACUGGAUAAAGUAUGCAAAGUCACGCGACAGAAACAAAUCAAAUACUAUGAUUUUAUUCCCUUUUUCGAUUUUCAAUAUGAAAAAAUUAUUUUCAAUUGUCAGCCCUGCCACUUUUCACCUUGCUCCGCGGUCCCUGGAUAUUCAUUUUAAACCAGCUACAGAUCCAGCAAGAGUUUUUAGAGAAGUAAUGUCAUACGUAUAUGCAAAUAAUGACUUUCAAGGUGGAACACUUCUCACUAGAACAAAUUUUAAUAAUUUGUUCCCAUUUGUUUAUUUUGAUCUUACAAAACAAAAAUUAGAUAUCAAAGAUGGAGUUACAAAAUUAUCAUUUCACUACGAACUAUCUGCUAAUCCAAAUGCUGAUUAUAAUUUAUACGCUUUAAUACUUCACGAACGAGUGGCAGAAAUUGAACAGCAAGGAGGAAAACUAUUACUACGUGCAUAA